AUGGGAUCUUCAGGCUACUAUCCUUAUGAGCCAAACAGCGCAGGCGCUAUCAUAGCAAUGCUAUGCUUUGGAGGCAGUGCAAUUGCACAUCUUUGGCAAAUGAUCCGAACAAGGACAUGGUUCUUUACAGCUUUUCUAGUCGGCGCUUUCAUGAUGACACUGGGCUACAUCUUCCGAUUGAUUUCAGCCCGCAAGCCCGAUAGCCUCAUGGCCUACAUCUGCCAGUCAAUGUUCAUCAUCCUGCCGCCCUCGCUCUACGCCGCAACAAUCUACAUGAUCUACGGCCGCAUCGUCGUCUGCACGGGGAAGCCACACCUCUCCAUCGUCGCCCCCGCAAAAGUAACAAAGAUCUUCGUGACCGGCGACGUGACGGCAUUCCUCCUGCAGCUCGCCGGCGGCGGCAUGCAAACGAUCGACAGCAUGCGCAACCUCGGGCAAAAGAUCCUGGUCGUCGGCCUCGUCGUACAGCUUAUCUUCUUCGGUUUCUUCCUCGUCGUCUCGGGUACGUUCCAGGUGCGUCUGCGUCGGGCGGGCGUCGGCCACAUCAACGCGCAGUGGCGGCGCCUCUUGCAUAUAUUGUUUCUGGUCUCUUCGCUUGUCAUUGCGCGCUGUGUCUUUCGCACUAUCGAGUACGUCCAGGGGACGGAUGGGUACCUGUAUUCGCAUGAGAUUUAUAUGUAUAUUUUCGAUACGAUUCCGAUGUUCUUUGUGCAGGCGAUCUUCCACUUCUAUCACCCGGGGAACACUCUCGUUGGAAAGUCGGCGCCUAAUGAGGAGUAUAUUAACCUACAGUACGCGUGA